CCAAUAGCACUACUGGUUCUGACACUUUCCAUUUGUCAACAAGUCAGGGCAGCAUUGACGAUGACAUUUCAAUGGAAAGUACAAACACUGGGACUGAACUUGGCGAUGCCUUAUCUACCGCACGUGAUAAAAAACUUAUGUCAAAAGCCCUUGACAGUAUGGCUAGACUCCAAGGCUUAAAUGGGACUGGCUACAGUGUAUUAUCUAGCGACCAAAAAUGUUUUGACUAUGAUGGACCCAUUCUUCAAGAUCAGCAUAUAGCAUUCAACUUAUUAAUUCCAGGACCUGUUCCUCCCUAUUUGAAUAUACAUUAUAUAUGUGAAAGCGGAUCAAGACUGCUGUUCUUGUCUGUUCAUUGGGCAAAAAAUAUACCAGCUUUCCAGUUUUUAAGCCUUGAAACUCAAAUUGUCCUUUUGAGAAACUGCUGGUCAGAAUUAUUCACACUUGGUUUGGCACAGUGCUCCCAAUUGCUGUCACUAUCAACAAUUCUAUCUGCUCUGAUUAGCCACAUUCAUGCCUCAAUUGCACAAGAUAAAAUGUCAGCCAACAAAGUGAAGCAGGUAACAGAUAAUAUAGUUAAAUUACAAGAUUUUGUUACCAGUAUGAAUACAUUACAUGUCAAUGAAAAUGAAUAUGCGUACUUGAAGGCAAUUACUUUGUUUUCCACUGAUAGCCCAGAUAUUCUGUUGAGGAAACCAAUUGAGGAAUUACAAGAGAAAUCAUUUCAAGCGUUGAGAAGUUAUGUUGGUGACAGUUAUCCAGAUGAUAUUGACAGAUUUCCAAGGUUACUAUUACGUCUUCCUCCAUUGAGGGCAUUGGAGUCAAAUAUACUUGAGGAGCUUUUUUUUGCAGGACUCAUAGGACAAAUUCAAAUAGACAGUGUGAUACCAUACAUUUUAAGGAUGGGAGGAAGUGUUUCUUCCUCAGCCAACAAUAGACAAGUUAAAACAGAACUCAUAGAUGAUUUUUCAUGCAAAUGACGUUAUCUGUACAUUUUUUUCUGUGUUAUUAUUUAUUUUGUACUAUUUUUUUUCUAUUGCAUUCUUGUUCCUAUAUCAAUAAAAAAUAUCUUUCUA